UUGGAGAAGUGAAAAAGAUUAAGUGCCAGAAUGCCGUGAGCUGAAGAGGACAUUGUUAUUACACUUAUCAAAUCAGUAACAAUGAUAAGAGCUAUUAUCAUCUUUGGGCUGAUAGGGUAUCUCGAGGCUGAAGAUGCUACAGUUUCUCCCGUUAAUCGGGGGGCUGCUAGGCAGAUGUAUGGAAGCGGAAAUUUGCGGCAGCCCAAUUUGACUCCUACUACUCAGGAACCGGAACGGAACUUUGGGAAGAAACCUGGUUCUCCAGGCCGCGAGGGAUACAACUACGGGUACAACAAAGGAAAGUACCCGGAUUUUUACCCACGGUUUCCUGGGUUGGAUUAUGAAGAACCUUUCGAGGCGCCUAGUUAUCGAAAUGGAGCUCCAGUUAAUGGACGACCUAAUUAUGGACAAGGAAGAGGAUCAAGACCUGGGAUGUAUGAUGGAGUUUAUGGAGAGUUACCUGACAGGAUGCGAGUCCAUCAUGGUCUGCCCCGAGGUCACGGUGUCAAUUCCAACGGCGAUGGCUUCAACCCAGAUCAAAAGAGCUUGAUCCACGAGCUGGAUGACGAGAGCGACCUGAACCCGGCUUACGAACCUUGUACCAUAAACUGCGGAACUGGAUUUUUCUUGUGCAGGAUUAUGUGCACUUGUAUCAGCUAUAACCUCCGCUGUGAUGGAUCUGCUGACUGCGAGAACGACGAAGACGAGAUGGAAUGCGAAAGUGUGUAUGAGUGGCGGCGCUCUAACCACACGUGCGUUGGGAACAAGAAAAUUCAGUGCCCGGAAUCUGGAAUUUGUAUAUCUGAACAAUGGUUGUGUGAUGGAGAUGACGACUGUGGUGAUUUUUCCGAUGAAAGCCACUGUGGUGACCAAAAAAACUGCACAACGGACCAAUUCGAGUGCAGAAAUGGUCUUUGUAUUCCCGGGUCCUGGAAGUGUGACGGUGAAAACGACUGCCGAGAUUUUUCCGAUGAAGAAAACUGCGGAGGAAAAAGAAAGUGUAAAGAAGAUGAGUACACUUGUCCGGAGGGCUGGUGCAUCCCCAGGAGGUAUGUCUGCGAUGGAGACGCUGACUGUGAUGACGGGUCGGAUGAAUCCAAGUGUCAUGGAAUCCGCGAGGUGGUGUGUGACGCGAAUCAUUUUGAGUGUGUGACGCCUAAAUGUAUCCGCAAAGAGUUCAGGUGCGAUGGAACGGAUGACUGCGGUGAUGCCAGCGACGAAGAAGGAUGCUUUGAAAUGUGUAACGCUAAUCAGUUCAAAUGCAUAAACGGCACAUGUAUCAACAAAGCGUUUGUCUGCAACGACCACUGGGACUGUAAAUCAGGAGAAGACGAGGCAGGCUGCAAGCUGGCUCCACUUAAAAGUUGCAGCACUGAAGAGUUUACUUGCUCAUCAGGGGACUGUAUUCCCAAGGCGUGGGUCUGUGACGGCGCGCCGGAUUGCACAAACGCUCUGGAUGAAGAAGGUUGUCCCACUACUUGUGAUGCUACUGAGUACCUCUGUAAGGCUUCUGCAGUCUCCAACUCUUCUACAAACCAGCAGCCGUAUGUAACACCUUACUGUAUUGCGAGGAAGCAUAUUUGUGAUGGUAUCGCGGAUUGUCCGCUGAAGGAGGACGAACAGGACUGCCCUCAAAGAAGAAAUUGCACUGCUACGGAUAAAUGUACUCAACACUGUGUUACUCUGGUGACUGGGGUUAAAACUUGCUCAUGUGAUGUUGGGUUCAAUUUAGCAGCGGACAAUGCAACCUGUGAAGAUAUCAAUGAGUGCUUAUUCACUCGGGAAACUGUUUGCAGUCAGGUUUGUCACAACACUGCUGGAUCAUUUACCUGCAGCUGUAUCACGGGCUAUGUCCUCCGCCCUGAUCUUCGAACCUGCAAAGCAGUGGGAGGGAACCCCAGCUUGAUUUUUACGAACCGCGUCGAAAUCCGUAAAGUAGCCUUGGAGCCAUCAACAGCAAAGUACACUCCGAUCGUCAAAGGAUUGCAUAAUGCAAUCGCUAUUGACUUCCACUACGAGCAGGGAGUCAUCUACUGGUCGGAUGUAUCCCUAGACGUGAUCAAGAAGGUCUUUAUCAACGGCAGUGCUCCUGAAGACGUCAUCCGCUGGGGUUUGGAGAGUCCCGGAGGAAUCGCCAUAGACUGGGUCCAUAACCUGCUGUUCUGGACCGACGGAGGAACCAGACGCGUGGAAGUUCUUACUCUGGACACCAGGAUCCGCCACGUGCUGAUUUCUAACGACCUGGACAAGCCCAGGGCCAUUGCAGUCCAUCCGCACUACGGAUACGUCUUCUGGACGGACUGGGGACCUUCUCCGAAGAUUGAACGGGCUGACAUGGAUGGAACCUCCAGGCUUGCAUUGGUCACCGAUUCCAUCACCUGGCCCAAUGGUCUUACUGUGGAUUAUCCUACGGAUAGGAUUUUCUGGACUGAUGCCAAGCACAGGGUCAUUAUGUCUGCAAAGUUGGACGGAACUGACAAGAGGAAGAUUCUCAGUAAGGGGUUGCAUCAUCCUUUUGCGAUCACGGUCUUUGAAGACACUAUCUACUGGACUGAUUGGCACUUCAAAAGUAUUUCUUCCGCCAAUAAAGAAACUGGUCAUGGUUUCAAGACUAUUCGAUCUGGUCUCCACUUUCCGAUGGACUUACACAGCUACCACAAGCAGCGGCAACCAGCUUACCCGAACCACUGCGGAAACAACAACGGAAAGUGUUCGCAUAUGUGUCUUCCCAAUAGCGCAGGUUACAGCUGCGUGUGUCCCGUCGACCUGAAACUGAAACGCGAUGGAAAGAAUUGCGCAGCUGAUAAUUUCUUGAUCCUGGCAAGAAAGAGAGACUUGAGACUGAUUCCUGUGGACAAGCCGAUGCGGGUCUUUGACACUGUAAUUCCCGUGGAUCAUGUCCAGAGUGCAGUAGCACUGGCUUGGGAUUCUGAUAAUGAUAUGGUUUACUGGACUGAUGUUGAGUUAGACACUAUCAGCAGAGCUCAUUUGAAUGGAACCAAUCAGACAGUGGUCAUCAGCCAUAACCUGGAAUCUCCAGCGGGGUUGGCUCUCGAUUGGAUCACCAAGAAGCUAUACUGGACUGAUGCUGGAACCAAUAGGAUUGAAUGCUCCAAUCUUAAUGGAAGUAUGAGAACUCUUUUGGUUUAUGAAGGACUUGAUAAGCCUAGGGAUAUUGUUGUCGAUCCUAUUGCGGGAUACAUGUACUGGAGUGACUGGGGAGCAAAACCAAAGAUCGAGCAAGCAGCGAUGGACGGAAGCAAUCGCAAGGUCCUGAUAAGUGAGAAGCUGAUCUGGCCAAAUGGGCUGGCCAUUGACUUCGAGACGAAGCGGCUCUACUGGGCAGACGGAGGGAUGAAGAGCAUCGAGUACAUCGACUUGGAAGGAAAAGGAAAGCCAGUUCGCGUCCACUCAGACCUUCCGCAUCCCUUUGGGCUGGUGAUUUAUCAAAACAAAGUCUACUGGACCGACUGGGACACCAAGAGCAUCCACCGGGCUAACAAAGACACCGGGAGCAACUCAGUGGUCGUUCGCUCAGACAUCUCCGGGCUGAUGGACGUCAGGAUGUUUCACAGGAACAGAAGUGUCGUCGCCAAUCCUUGUGGCAAGGAUAAUGGAAAGUGUUCUCAUCUUUGUUUGCUGACUCCCAAAAGCGUUUCUUCUUCCAGAUAUUCUUGCGUGUGUCCUACCGGGUUGGUCCUUGAGCCAAAUUCAAACAAGAAGCAGUGUCGUAAAAUUCCUAACACCUUCAUUAUCUUCGCGCAUCGCGUAGACAUAAGGUUCAUUUCCUUUGAUACCGACUACCGGGUUGAUGUAGCGCUGCCCAUCAAUUUUCUAAUCAACGCUACGGGAGUUGACGUCGACAGAAAAACUGGGCAGAUUUACUGGACCGAUCCUGGAGCUGACGUCAUCAACAGAGCGAGUUUUGAUGGGAAACACAUCGAGACUGUAAUUUCUACCGGAAUUGAUACUGUUGAUAGCUUGGUGGUGGAUUCUAUCGGGCGAAAGCUCUACUGGACCGAUGCAGGCCUAAACAGCAUCGAAGUCUCCGACCUAGACGGCAAGAACCGCAAGGUCCUAAUCUGGUCCGGCCUAGACAACCCUCGUGCCAUCGCGCUGCAUUAUAAACUCGGUCUGUUGUUCUGGAGCGACUGGGGGCAGAAUGCGCGGAUCGAGCGUUCGAAUAUGGAUGGCCAGGAGCGGAUGACUGUGAUAGUCGAAGACCUAGUCUGGCCUAACGGACUGACAGUAGAUGUCGCCACGGACAAGCUCUACUGGAACGACGCCAAGCGUAAAGUUAUCGAAUUCUCCGAUUUGGACGGCAAGAACCGAAAAGUCCUUGUGAAGAACGUCCAGCAUCCUUACGGGCUGGCUCUGAUGUCUGGACUAGUCUACUGGAGCGACUGGAUGACCAAAGCCGUGCACCAGGCGAACAAGACCACUGGAAGAGAGGCCAAGAUCCUGGUUGACAAACUGGACGGCAUAAUGGACAUCAGGACAGUCACUCCGAAGGACACUGAUGAGCAGGACCGUUGUCUGACUCACUAUUGCACCCAUCUUUGCCUCAGGAACCCCAAAGGCGCGAGCUGUGCCUGCCCAACUGGGCUUCUAGGCUCCGGAACCGCAGCCAAGCCUUGCGACAAGUUCCCUCAGGAGUAUCUCCUGCUGACUGGCCAGAAAAGCCUCGGCAGAAUCAGCCUGGACACUCCAGAAAUGCGGGACGUCACCCUUCUCGCAGACGACCGCGUUGUCCAGCCAGACGCGCUGGACUUCCACUGGGCAGAACGCGUUGUGUACUUCGCGGAUGAGUCCUAUAAAAAUAAAGGCCAGAAAGUCAUCCGAGCUGGCAAGAUGGCUGCUGUUCAAGAGGGCUACGCGGUCUUGACUGAUAAGUCAGAGUCUUACUUCCAGUUCGCGGUCGACUGGAUCAGUGGGAACAUCUAUUUUACUGACCAACGGCAAACCAAGAUUGAAGUUGUUCACAGAGGCGGCUUCAAUCGCAUGGUGUUGAUUAAUGACACUGAUGACGCGGAACACUGGUUCGCUAGUAUUGCUCUGUUCCCGAAGUUAGGGUACUUGUUCUGGUGCGGGAUGGGCAAGAGUCCAAGUAUUCAGAGGGCAUAUUUGGACGGGAGCAACAGGAGGGUUAUUGUUGCCGAUAAUCUGGCGGAUCCUAAUGGGCUGACUAUUGAUUUGGAACAUAGGAGGCUUUACUGGGCUGAUAUGAGGAACAAUAGGAUUGAAAUGAGUGAUCUCAAUGGGAAUUAUAGAGUCCAGCUGAUAGCAGGAGCAGACAAUCCAUACGGACUGACUCUUCUAGGAGACUACAUCUACUGGAUAGGCCACUUAGGAACCUCCCCCCACUUGAAAAGAGCCGACAAAGCCACCGGAAGCAACCGAAUCAACAUCAGGACAUCUAUCACCGUAUUGACGAACAUCAGAGCAGUUUCUGCGCGGCUGCAAACUGGCUGGAACCCCUGCGCAGAAGACAACGGUGGUUGCACUCAUUACUGCUUCUUCCUUAAGAAGAACUACACUUGCGCAUGCCCAGAAGUCAAGAGCGAGACUACCUGUUCUCUGACCCCCAAGCGGUGGAUUCCUAUUAGGAAACCUGGAACUGAAGAUGACCCGGACUACGAUCAUGAUGAAGACGAACGGCCUGUCGAAGUUCCCAGGAACAAUUAUCACGACAAUGAUGACAAAUUCCUAAACAGCAAGAGUGACAAGGACAAGGCCACUACUACAUUGACCAUCACCUUGGUUAUAGUCACUACAAUGUCUGUUGUUAUUAUCGGCGCGAUUAUAUACUUGGUAUGCCAAAGAAAGCCCAAACAGGAGAAGUAUAUCUAUGGAAAGCGCAGGAACGUUAUGACUUUCUCCAAUCCGAAUUACAACGCUUCAGCGGCUGAUGGUGUUCCGGUUCCUGGAACCGAGAAGAAAGGAAUCUGGAAGCGGCUCAAGUACGACAGUUCCCAGGAGAGAGUUUACGAAGACAAUGGCCAGACUUCCAGUCCGGAGGUUACUUCUUUAAUACCGCCGUCAGCGACACCUAGCAGCAGCAGGGCGCCCUCUAUCACCCCCAGGGAGUCCUCGCCUUCUUUGAUCCACAUCACACACAUCGCCGGUUGAGCAUCUAGUGCUUUUCAGGGAGCAGGGUUAUAAUUUUACCAUUUUUUAAGGUUAAAUUCAAUUUUCGGAAAAUUAUAAAAGAACAUUUUUUGUAGAGUGCUUAAUUUCCUACAAGUUUUGUUUAAAAAAUUUUUUCGUAACUUCAAUAGUUUAGAAGUUAUCGCAGUUUUAAGCUAUGUUCCAAGUACCGAUUUUCAUAAUUAACUCUGCAAGUCCUUUACCGAUAUUUUUAAAAAUUGCCGAUCUUUUGGUAUACUUAGGUCCAAGGUGACCUUUAGAACUGAUCUAUCAAAAAAAAAGUGCCGAUUUCUAUAUUAGAUCGGUAGAUAUUCAAGAAAAUCGGUUAAAUUACCUAAAUUAUAAUCCUGCUCAUAAAACAAAAAAAUAAAAUUUAAUAUCUCGACUCUCGAGUGUUACUUUGCUGUAUUUUGAUUUUGUUUUUGUAAAUAUUUUUUGGUAGCGAUUUUAUACGAGUUAUGUAGAUAAGAGCGGGCUGAAGAAUUUAUGUAAGAAGCACAGGAUCUAUUUUUUCUAUGACUUGAUACUAAGAAUUGAUACUUUAUUUGUCCCAGCAGGUCUAGGGCAAAGGGUCGAAGGUUAGGGUGUCUGUUGAUUAUUUUUCGAACACCAUAAUUAAACAUGAUACGUAAUGAUCAAUCAUUAAUGAUUAAUGAACGGAGUAAUUAACGCGGAUAGGAGUUUUAGCUCAAUUUUGUGAUAAAUUCGUUUAUUUCGCGUGCCGUCCGCGACAUCUUGGUUCGUUAGAAUAAUUUUAGUUCCACAAGAUGGCGCUGGAGUUCAGUAGGCUCGACCGAACUCCCGCAAAGUCUUUUUAACCUUAACGGAAAUGGCUCACAGUGCCAAUUUAAUGAGCAUUAUUAAGACUAUGUGUAAAUAAUAUAAUUAAAUAUAAAUAUAUGUAUAUGAUAAAUUAUAAGUUUAAAUGUGGAAGAUUAUUAUAAUAUUGUAUUGAAUAUCUUAAAUAUUGUAUUGUAAUAUUUGUAUAGCCGUUAAAGAGUACUUAUUAUUAUUGUAAUUGAUUUUAGAAUAUAUAUAAUAAAAUUGUUUAUUCGUACGUCGCAUUGCCUCCUGUGACGUUUAAAUACGAGAAAUAAUUAUAAAUAUUAUUACAAAAA